AUGGCGGACGACGAGGUGAAAAAAAUUUGCAUCGUGAAUCCUSCGAGUUCUUCUCCAAUUCCUUCUCCUAGGAGCGGCCAUAGAUGUGUAGCUGAUGACAGGAACCUUUAUGUCUUUGGCGGAUUCUCCCCUUAUCAUGAGGAGAAAAUUUUUUGCGAACUUUGGCGUUACAAUUUGCCGACCAAAGUCUGGUCUCUAGUGCAAACAUCUGGUCCUUCCCCAACAGAAGUUUGCUCGAGUUGCGUUCUUCUGAACGAUGGCUGUAUUAUAACCUAUGGAGGAUCUGGGAUACCUUUUGGUCUUAGUAACAGCAAUAAACUCCAUGUAUUUGUGAUAAAGGAAAACAGGUGGAUUCAAGUGGAAGCGACUGCAGACGAUGAGGAAACUGAAGACCUUGACCACGAGGAUAUAGCAUACGUCCCAGAUUUGGAUAUUCUUGUUUAUCUGAAUCACGGCAGAUCAGACAAUGUUCCUAUACCUGGCUAUGGGCAAAGUAUGGUCCUUUCUUCUGAUAAAGACCUCUACAUAUUUGCAGGAACUUCGGGUCGGGCGUUCUUUGCAACACUAAUACGGUUCCAAUUUUCUACGAAAAAGUGGAGUUUUAUACCUCGUACAAGUUUGCCGUUUAUUUCUCCUCGGUACAGACACGAAGCUGUGACAUAUGGUGACCGUUUCUAUGUGUUUGGUGGGGGGAUGGGUGGAGUAAAUCCAUCCGAUGUCUGCGAACUUGAGGAAAUUCCAUCAUUCUGUUUUUCAACUAAAGAAUGGGAAAUAAAAAAAUGCUGGCCAUCUGAGUCGGGUAGUUUUCCCAAAAGGCGGCGUUGCCAUGGGUGUGUGUUGUUUCAAGAUAAAGUUUAUAUCUGCGGAGGUUAUGAUGGUACUGAAAUAUUUGAUGAUAUUUGGACAUUGGAUAUGAAGUCAUUCAAGUGGUCAAAGUUCCCCAUGGUUCUUCCUCACCCAGUAUACUUCCAUUCCACUGCCGUCACACCAUCUGGAUGCAUGUUAACCUUUGGUGGAAUAAAAUCACUUGAUCCAGAGAGAGAUCCACGUUCUAAUGAUCUCAGUUGCCUGUGGUUAACAAUUCCACGUCUGUUGGACUUAUCGUUAAAAGCAGUUUAUUCUUGUAUUCCUAACAUUUGUUCAAUAACACACGAUGAACUAUUGAAGAUUGGUAUUCCUAGCCGUCUGAUUCCUCCUACACAUCAAAACAAUGUUGUUCCACAAUGUGGAUGACAAGAAUCUACCAAACCUCUAAUUAGAAAUGUUAGGAGUUGUUUUAAGUAGUUUAGUUGAGGCAGGGAUGAAAUGUCCUCAUAGAGCGGAUUUCGUAUGAGUGGGAAACGGACGGUACUGUACUGUGACCGUAAUCGUACUGUAACCAAAUUCUAGUGCCCCAUUGGUUAACCAAAAUUGUGCAGGCCAGGUCUGGUAACUGUGCGGUAACCAUGCAGCAACGGUGUCCCACUCAUACGAAAUCCGCUCUAAGGAGACUGGCACUGCACAUAUACCUACUGUUUAUAGUUCUAUGCUAAAAACAUAGAGAAAAUAUAAUUUUUAAGAGAAAAUCAAAGUGAAAGUUAAAAGAUUUAGCUUAUGAAUUGUUGCUUCUAGUUGUAUAGCACCUGCAAUUGUAAUAUUUUUGAAGGAUUAUAGGAAAACGCAAAAUAUAUGAGAAAUAAUUAUUAUUUUUUGUGCAAAGCUGUAGAAUAUUUUAACUAUAUACUUGAAAAAAGUCAACAUAUAAAAGAACACCAAACAUUAUCCCACUCUUUUCCUUCAUUCCUAGAUCUGCUUCUAGUGUUUCACUGGCGAGUCAAAUAUGUCACUAAUCAUGAACAAUAAAUCAUUCCAAGUGUCAAUUUAGUUAAUGUUAUUUUAAUAAAAUAAAACAACGAAGAAUGGUUUGAA